AUGGGGUCUGGUAGGAGCACGCGUUGGAUCCAGCUUUUGCUGGAGGCCUUAGUAGCAUUUUCCUCUCUGAGUUCUCCAACUGCUGGAACUCCUUUGGAGGUGAUGUCUGCCCCCAGCUUGCUGCGAAUAGGAACUGAGGAAAACAUUUUUAUAGAAAUUCAAGAUGCGGAACCUCAAAGCAGUGUCUCUGUUCAAAUCUACGUGAAGAACCAUCCAACCAAAGACAGAACUUUGGCAAAUACAGUUGUGAACCUUAAUCGGGAGACUAAUCACCAGGCUUUUGGAACCAUUAAGAUCCCCUCAAGUGAGUUCAGUAAAGAUAGCAACUUAAAGCAGUACGUCUACCUUGAGGCACACUUCCCUGGCCGGGUGCUGGAGAAGGUUGUGUUGGCAUCAUUUCAGUCUGGUUUCAUUUUCAUACAGACUGAUAAGACCAUAUAUACUCCCAACAGCGAUGUCCGUUACAGGAUCUUUGCUCUGAACCCAGGCAUGAAGCCCUUGGAGCAGAGUUCUUCGGUCGUCAUUGACAUUGUGACCCCUGGUGACAUCGUUGUAAAAUCAGAUAUCUUCUCGCUGACAGCAGGGAUAUACACUGGAAUUUAUCCACUUGGUGAAAUUGUAAGCACUGGACUUUGGAAAGUGGUGGCAAAGUUCAACAGUAACCCACAACACAGCUUUGAAGCACAGUUUGAGGUCAAAGAAUAUGUACUUCCCAGUUUUGAGGUGAAAUUGUCAGCUCCACCAGAGAGCCCCUUCUUCUAUGUGGACAGCACAGAGAUUAACAUCAACAUCGAUGCUACGUAUGUGUUUGGUGAAAAGCUGGAUGGAACUGCCUACGCGUUGUUUGGAAUUAUAAAUAAGGAUGAACGAAAAAGCUUACCAAGCUCUCUUCAGAGAGUCCAAAUCCAAAGAGGUAGGGGAGUAGUCACACUUAAGAAGACGGACAUCACAGAACGCUUUCCAAACAUAAAUGAUCUGGUGGGGAUGACCAUAUAUGCAGCAGUCAGUGUACUGACAGAGAGUGGUAGUGAAAUGGUGGAAGCAGAGUUGAGAAACAUCAAGAUUGUCACAUCACCCUACACGAUACGCUUCAAGAGAACACCCAGAUAUUUCAAACCAGGACUGUCUUUUGAUGUAGUGGUUGAAGUUUUGAAUCCUGACGACACGCCUGCAAAUAGAGUGCCUGUGUCAGUUGAGCCUGGUUCAGUGGACGGCAUCACCACUGAACACGGCAUUGCCAGGCUUACCAUCAAUACAGUGUUAAACUCAGAGACCCUGACAAUUACGGCAAAGACAAAACAUGGCAUUUAUCCACCUAAUAGACAAGCACAAGACUCUAUGGUCGCUCAUCCAUACAAAUCUAAAAGCAACCACUACCUCCAUAUAAAUGUGGAUGUUGCUGAGGUGGAAGUAGGAGCCAACAUGAGAAUCAUCUUGAACCUCGGCGGGGUGGAUAAAGAAAUAAAUGACGUCACCUACCUUAUUAUGAGCAAAGGACAACUAGAGAGACAUAAACGACUCAAGAUCAGUCGUCAAAGGGAGCUGGCCGAGAUGGUUCAGAUUGACAAAGAAAUGCUGCCUUCCUUCCGCAUUGUAGCUUAUUACCAUAUCGGUUCUGCUGAAGUGGUAUCGGACUCUGUUUGGGUUGACGUAAUAGACACCUGCAUGGGAACGCUGAAGCUGGAAUUAUCAAGACCUUCUCCAUCUUAUGAACCUCAAAGGUCUUUUGGUCUGAGGGUCAUAGGAGAUCCAGGGGCCACAGUUGGACUGGUGGCAGUGGACAAAAGUGUCUACAUCUUAAACAACAAGCACCGGCUGACACAGAAAAAGAUUUGGGACACAGUGGAGCACUACGACACAGCCUGCACCGCAGGUGGAGGAAAAGAUGGCAUGAGUGUGUUCUACGAUGCUGGGCUGGUUUUUGAGACCGACAAAUUGUCCGGCACACCGUAUAGAACCGAGCUGAAAUGUCCAUCUUCCAGCAGGAAGAAACGAGCCCGCACUAUAAUGGAAGUUCGAGUCAGCUUAGUAACUGAAUAUCAAGACAAAGUGCAAAAAGAGUGCUGUCUGGAUGGUAUGAGGGAUAUUCCUGUGUCGUACACCUGUGAGAGGCGCAGUGAGUACAUCUUGGAUGGUCUAGCGUGCAUUGAAGCGUUCCUGCGCUGCUGCAAGGAAGUUGAAGGGUUGGAACUCCAGAGGAAGAAGGAUGUCCUCGUUUUAGCUCGCAGUGAGGAGGAUGACUCGUACAUGGACAGAAAUGAAAUACAGUCUCGCACCAAAUUUCCUGAGAGCUGGCUUUGGUCUGAUGUUGUAGUGCGGGCUGGCGCUAAAGGAGAUCAGAACUGUGAUCCAGGAUGUUGGGAAAACAAAAAUGUCCCAUUGCCAGACACAAUUACAACCUGGCAGUUGACUGGUAUUAGUAUGUCAUCAACUUAUGGUAUCUGUGUGUCCGACCCAUUAGAGGUGGUUGUCUGGAAACCAUUCUUUAUUGAUCUCAGGUUACCAUACUCUGCUGUCCGGGACGAGCAGCUGGAAAUUAAAGCAGUUCUCCACAACUACAACGCUGACCCGAUCACUGUACGCGUGGAAAUGAAAGAAGAUUCUGGUGUAUGUAGUGCUGCUUAUAAGAAAGGGUGGUUUCGUCAGGAGGUCAGAGUUGGACCCAUGACUACACGAGCUGUGCCAUUCAUUGUUAUUCCCAUGAAGGAUGGAGAAGUUCCUAUUGAGAUCAAAGCAGCUGUUAAGAAUUCAUACUACCACGAUGGAAUCAAGAAGAUGCUGCGUGUUGUGCCUCAGGGGGUGCUGAUAAAUACUAAAAAGAGUGUACUCCUUGACCCUGUUGGGAAAGGUGGUAGACAAAUGGAAAAAAUCAACAGUGAAAUUCCUCAAACAGAUUUAGUUCCAAACACACCUAUGAACACAAUCAUCACUGUCACAGGACGAGAGCAACUGAGUACCCUGUUGGAGGACACCAUUAGCGGGGACACAAUGGGUACUCUUAUAAGAGAGCCCGCUGGCUGUGGAGAGCAGAACAUGGCUGCCAUGACCCUGCCUGUCAUUGCAAACAUUUAUUUGGACAAGACCAACCAGUGGGAAAAUGUGGGUUUUGAGAAGCGCAGCAUAGCUAUGCAGCACAUCAAAACUGGCUUCGCGACACAGCUGAAGUACCGUAAAAAUGAUGGAUCGUUUGCCAUAUUUCCAGGAAGCCAAAGCACCACAUGGCUGACUGCCUAUGUUACCAAAGUGUUUUCCAUGGUCUACAAUCUGAUUUUAGUGCAACAGAAUGUGAUCUGUGACGCCGUCAAGUUUCUCAUUUUAAACACACAGCAACCAGAUGGCGCGUUUAUUGAAAUCGGAAGCGUGUAUGAUAAAGGCAUGAUUGGAGAUGUGGGUGGUGUGGAUUCAGAUGCUUCCAUGACUGCUUUUUGUCUGAUUGCCAUGCAGCAGUCACGCACAAUAUGUUCUCCUACUGUUAACAGCAUGCCAAACAGCAUGCGGAAAGCGGUAACCUACCUGGAACAGCGUCUGCCCAGGCUCACCAACCCGUAUGCUGUUGCCCUGACAUCGUGCGCACUGGCAGAGGAAGGGAAACUCAUCAAGGAUAUCCUUUAUAACUUUGCUUCCUCAGAUCGAUCCCACUGGCCUGUAAGUAAGGGACACAUUUACUCACUGGAGACCACAGCUUAUGCUCUUCUCGCACUCGUAAAGGCCAAGGCCUUUCAAGAAGCUAAACCUAUUGUAAGAUGGCUCAGCCGACAGCAGAAGUUGGGUGGAGGCUAUGGAUCAACACAGGCUACUAUAAUGGUGUACCAGGCUGUAGCAGAGUAUUGGACCAAUGUGAAAGAGCCACCAUAUGAUCUAAAUGUGGAUGUCAUGAUAGCAGGGAGGUCUCUGAUGGACAAGUACAACUUAAACCAUGGAAACCACUACACCACAAGAACAUCCAGGUUCAAAGGAAUAAACAAAGAUGUAACAGUGAAUGCCACUGGAACAGGAGAAGCAAUGUUUAAUAUGGUGUCACUCUAUUACACACCGCCUAAAACACAGGAGAGUGACUGUGAGAUGUUUGACCUGACUUUGCAUCUCUCCCCUGAGAAAAUCGAAGAGGAUGUGAAAAUAUACAAACUGAGAAUAGAUGUCUUGUUUAAGAACAAAGAACGCAGUGCAUCCAUGUCUAUCUUAGAUAUUGGUUUACCAACUGGCUACGUGUUCGACAAAACUGACCUGGAAGCUUUGUCCAGUGGACAUGCACCCCUCAUUUCAAAAUAUGAGACGAACAAAGCUCUGUCAGAAAAAGGCUCCCUCAUCAUUUACUUGAUAAAGGAAGAACACCAUGUGUGGGGGAGGGAGGACAUCUAGUGGACCUGAGGGGAAACACAGACAAAGGUAAGUAUCAAGGUGCAGACACACUGACAGAUAAGGGUAAAGGUGCAGACACAGACAUGGUCAGGUGUGGACCAUGACAGGACCCCCCUCCUAAGGGACGGCACCCGACGUCCCACCAGACCGAUCACGGCGGUCCCGGCGGAAGGCGGUGAUCAGAUCAGGAUCCAUGAUGUCCCGAGUUGGACGCCAGGACCGCUCUUCAGGCCCAUAGCCCUCCCAGUCGACCAAGUACUCCAGACCCCGGCCUCGACGACGGACAUCCAGCAGCCGCCGGACAGUGAAGACCUCAGACCCAUCAAUGACACGGGGGGGAGGCGGAGGACGGGGAGCCGGGACCAGCGGACACGAAGAAACAGGCUUAACCCGGGACACAUGAAAUGUCGGAUGGACACGCAGCGACCGGGGGAGCUGGAGACGGACUGCCGAACGGUUGAUAAUGGCUGCAAUGGGGAAAGGCCCAAUGAACUUGGCCGCCAGCUUCCGGGACUGGACCCGGAGGGGAAGGUCCCGGGUAGAGAGCCAGACCUUUUGACCCGGGCGGUAACGAGGUGCAGGAACCCGGUGUCGGUCAGCCUGGCGUUGAUACCGGGAGGCGGUGCGGAGCAAGGAGGAACGGGCCUUCUUCCAGGUCUGACGACAGCGACGUACAAACGCCUGAGCUGACGGAACACUGACCUCAGCCUCCUGGUCAGGGAAGAGGGGAGGUUGAAACCCAAGGGCACACUGGAAGGGUGACAGCCCAGUAGCAGAGCAGGGAAGAGUGUUGUGAGAGUAUUCCACCCACGCCAACUGCUGACUCCAGGUGGUGGGGUUGGAGGAUACCAGGCAGCGUAGCGUAGUCUCCAGGUCUUGAUUGACCCGCUCAGACUGGCCGUUAGACUGAGGAUGAAAACCUGAAGAGAGGCUCGUGGUAGCCCCGAGGAGAGAGCAGAAGGCCCUCCAAAACUGGGACGAGAACUGUGGCCCUCGAUCAGAGACCACAUCGAGGGGGAGACCAUGCAGGCGGAACACAUGUUGAACCAUAAGUUGAGCCGUCUCCUUGGCUGAAGGCAACUUGGGCAGGGGGAUGAAGUGGGCCAUCUUGGAAAAGCGAUCAACCACAGUAAGGAUGACCGUAUGGCCACUAGAGAGGGGCAGACCAGUAACAAAGUCCAAAGAUAUAUGUGACCAGGGACGAUGUGGAACAGGUAGGGGCUGGAGAAGUCCCGAGGGAGCUCGGCGAGAGGUCUUGUUCUGCACACAGACCGGACAGGCAGCGACGAAGGACCGGGUGUCCCUCACCAUAGACGGCCACCAGAAGCGUUGGCGUAGGAGAGACAGGGUCCGCCCAACACCAGGGUGGCAGGCAAGGCGAGACGAAUGGCCCCACUGGAGGACAGCAGAGCGAGCAGGGUUGGGAACAAACAAACGCCCCGGCGGACCGGUCCCAGGGUCAGGAUGGGCACGCUGAGCCUCCCGGACCACAUUCUCCACAGCCCAGGAAACGGCGGCCACCACACGGGAGGGUGGUAGGAUGCUCUCUGGAACAUAAGUGACUUCGUCUGCACAAAACUGACGAGACAGAGCAUCAGGCUUGACAUUUUUGGAACCAGGACGGUAUGACAAGGUAAAGUUGAAACGGGUGAAAAACAAGGCCCACCUGGCUUGACGUGAGUUGAGCCGUUUGGCUGUCCUGAUGUAGGCCAGAUUUUUGUGGUCGGUCCAGACCAAAAAGGGAUGUUCGGCCCCUUCCAGCCAAUGGCGCCACUCCUCCAAUGCCAGCUUAACCGCCAGCAGCUCCCGGUUACCCACAUCAUAAUUCCUCUCGGUGGGGAGAAGGCGGCGAGAGAAAAAGGCACAAGGAUGUGUCCUCCCAUCCAGGGAAGAGCGUUGGGACAGGAUGGCCCCCACCCCCACGUCCGAUGCAUCAACCUCUACUAUGAACGAGAGAGAGGGGUCAGGGUGAAUCAAAAUAGGAGCAGAGGUGAACCGAGCCUUAAGCAACUUAAAUGCCCUAUCCGCAGCAGAGGACCAGACAAAAGGCUGUGAACAAGAUGUUAAAGCAUUCAGGGGAGCAGCCAGGGUGCUGUAACUGCGGAUGAACCGGCGAUAGUAGUUAGCAAAUCCCAAAAAGCUCUGUAGCUGCUUGCGAGUGGAGGGAAUAGCCCAUUCCAAGACUGCCUUCACUUUGGCAGGGUCCAUCUGCACCCUCCCCUCCGAUAUCACAUACCCUAAAAACAAAACUGUGGACACAUGAAACACACAUUUUUCUGCCUUCACAAAAAGAUCGUUCUCCAGCAGCCUCUGAAGAACCUGGGUGACAUGCUGCUCAUGCUCCUGCUGGGUUUUGGAAAAAAUCAAGAUGUCAUCAAGGUAGACAAACACAAAACGGUUCAGCAUGUCUCUCAGAACGUCAUUCACAAGUGCCUGGAAUACCGCUGGUGCAUUGGUGAGCCCAAACGGCAUCACCAGGUACUCAUAAUGGCCACUGGGGGUGUUAAAGGCAGUCUUCCAUUCAUCCCCCCUCCUUAUACGAACCAGGUGGUAGGCGUUGCGGAGAUCGAGUUUGGUAAAGAUGGAAGCACCCUGGAGAGACUCAAACGCCGUGGAGAUGAGAGGAAGGGGGUACCGGUUUUUAAUGGUGAUGUCGUUAAGACCCCGGUAGUCGAUGCAUGGACGGAGGGAUUUGUCUUUCUUGGCCACAAAGAAAAAACCAGCUCCUGCUGGAGACGUGGAUGGACGUAUAAGACCUGCAGUCAGGGACUCUGCGAUGUACUUCUCCAUGGCCAGGCGCUCGGGAGCAGUCAAAGAGAAGAGACGGCCACGAGGAGGGAAGGUUCCAGGAAGCAGGUCGAUGGCGCAAUCAUAUGCACGAUGAGGCGGAAGAGUGGAAGCGCGAUGUUUGCUGAACACUUCCUUCACCGCCAAGUAAACAGAGGGAACAGAAGACAGAUCAGGGAACUCGCCAGGGGCCUUGGGGUCAGGCCGGGGAGGAGGGGGGACUACAGCUGAUCUCAGACAGUUCUGAUGGCACGAGGAGCUCCAGCGGGUCACCGACCCGGAGGACCAGUUGAUGACCGGAUUGUGCUUCUCUAGCCAGGGCAGGCCUAGCACAAGCGCUGUGACUGGCGAAUCCAUGAGGCAGAACUGGAGUUUCUCAUGGUGAUUCCCAGAAACGCAGAUGUUCAGGGGGACAGUCCGGUGGGUAAUGGUGCCUAACGGCCUUCCGUCCAGGGCACAGACCUCCAGAGGAGGCUCGGUGGGAACAGUGUCUAUGCUCAGCUGACGCACCAGGGCAGAGUCAAUGAAGCACUCGUCAGCUCCCGAAUCCACGAAAGCAUGUAAUGACUGGGGCUGAGACUGCCAGGUUAGGGUGACGGGAAGGUGGGAGCGAAGGCGAUGGGGAACGAUCCGGGAUUGGCUCAGCAGUAUUCUCCCCCCUACUGAUGAGCCAGCUCUUUUACUGGACAGGAAGAUGCCAUGUGACCAGGCUGGCCACAGUAGAAGCAGCAGUUCAUUCUGGUGCGGCGUUCUCUCUCCUCCUUAGAGAGCUUGGCACGGCCCAGCUGCAUGGGCUCAACAGAGGUAACAGGUGAGUCAACAGCCAUUGCCUGGGUGGAAGGGGUAGGCGGAACAGAAGGUCUCUGUCCAAACUCAUGAACCCUCGGCAUCCAGAAGUUCCCAGUGGAACGAGCCUUAGCCCGGUCACGACCGCGGUCCCGCAGCCGGUUGUCGAUGCGGAUGGCUAGGUCGAUAAAUUCGUCAAAAUCCUGAGGAAUGUCUCUAGCAGCCAGUUCAUCCUUGAGACCGUCUGUGAGGCCCUCCAGAAACAGGGCUAUCAGGGGCUCCGCACUCCAGCCAACUUCAGUAGCAAGGGUGCGGAAGUCAAUGGCGUAGUCAGCCACACUGCGUGCCCCCUGGCGGAUGGUAGUCAGUCUCUUGGCUGCCCCACGACCAGUGACUGGGUUAUCAAAAAUUUUCUUCAUCUCUGCCAUGAACAUCCUGAUAUCGGAACAAAAAUCGCUGUCCUGUUCCCAGGCCAUUGACGCCCAGGAGAGAGCACGUCCCGUCAGGAGGCUGAUGAUGAAGGCCACCUUGGCGCGGUCAGUGGGAAAACACGCCCUCUGCAGUUCAAAAGCCAAGGUGCAUUGGGUGAGGAAGCCCUGGCACUUCCCCGGAUUACCGUCAUAACGCUCCGGGGGUGGCAGGCGAACCUCCCUCAGUCCUGGGGCGGCCGGAAUGGAAGAAGCCCCAGGAUCCCCCCAGUGGUCAGUAGUGGUGGUGGGAGGGGAAAUGGGCUGGUUAUGGUGCCGCUCGACCGCCGUGGUGAGUGCCCCCAUCUGUUGACUUAGCCGCUGCACUGCAGAACCGAUGGCCUGGAGGUCCUGGGAGUUCUGGCCUACCAGGGCUCCCUGGUUAGUCAGCGCAGUGCGGAGCAGGGGAACUUCCGCUGCAACAGCAUUCAGUCUGUCCAACUCUGCUGGAUCCAUGUUUUAGUGCUUGAGUUGUUCUGUAAGGGUUGAAAAAGGGAUCCAAGGAUGCAGAGCAAAAAACAGGUCCAAGGCAAGAGGAUGCAGAAAAAUCCAACAAAAGGAUAUUUAUUAGAUGCUCCCAGCAAAACAUGUGCUCAGGUACACAGACAACUCAAGAAAGAUCACCAAGAACAGAACUGCUUAAAUACCCAGUGCACAAAUCACAGACAAUGAUGAACACCUGGUGAACCCAAUUAACCCCCAAUGCAGGAAGAACACCAUGUGUGGGGGAGGGAGGACAUCUAGUGGACCUGAGGGGAAACACAGACA